AGUGUCUCAUCAUAUUCUUUCCACAAUAUAAGACCUCUCCCUCUCUCUCUCUUUACUCCCUCCCUCUCUCCCUUUCUCUUUCUCUAAUUUUCUGCUCUCAGUUCUUCAUGGGUAUCUUCAUUUGCAGAACAAACGUAGUUCACAUUAUUAUCUUUCUACUUUCUCUCCUAUCCUCAGAUAUUGGCUUUACAAGAAGAGGUAAUGCAACACUAGGGAUAAAUUAUGGUCAAAUCGGCGACAAUUUACCACAACCAAGUCAAGUUCUUGGUCUUCUGAGUUCCCUUAAGAUUACAAAAGUACGGAUAUACGACACAAAUCCUCAAAUCUUAACGUCAUUUGCAAACACCGGUAUUGAUUUGAUAGUGACGAUAGAAAACGAAAUUCUUCAUGUUUUGGUUGAUCCACAAGAAGCACUUCAAUGGGUAACCACACAUAUUAAACCAUAUUUUCCGGCAACAAGGAUCUCUGGAAUUGCAGUUGGUAAUGAAAUUUUCUCGAUGGACGAUAAAACGUUAAUAUCAAAUGUAGUUCCAGCUAUGGUCAGCAUUCAUCAAGCACUGGUACAGUUAGGACUAGAUACUUAUAUGCAUGUUUCGACGGCGAAUUCUGCAGCUGUUUUAAGCAAUUCUUACCCGCCUUCAGCUGGAAGUUUCGAAGACGAGUUGAGUGGAGUUAUGAAACAAUUGUUACAAUUCUUGUACACAACUAGAGCUCCAUUUUGGAUCAAUGCUUACCCGUAUUUUGCUUACAAAGAUGCUCCUACUAAAAUUCCUUUGGAUUACGUACUUUUUAACCCUAACCCGGGAAUGGUCGAUCCUUAUACAAAGUUACACUACGACAACAUGCUUUACGCACAAGUUGAUGCUGUUAUUUUUGCUAUUGCAAGAAUGGGUUUUGGUGGCUUGGAAGUAAAAGUUUCUGAAACAGGAUGGCCAUCAAAAGGUGAUCAAGAUGAAGUUGGCGCAACCACAGAAAAUGCACAGAUUUACAAUAGAAACUUGUUGAGAAGGCAAAUGGCAAAUGAAGGAACUCCUUUGAGGCCUAGUCAGAAACUUGACGUUUAUUUAUUUGCUUUGUUUAAUGAAGAUAUGAAACCCGGUCCGACAUCAGAAAGGAACUAUGGUCUCUAUGAACCUGAUGGAACCAUGACUUACAAUGUCGGUAUCACGACGUUGGCAUCAACAACGACACCAACAUCCACUUCCACAACACCAGCGUCGUCGUCAUCAACAUCAUCGCCAACAGCAACAACAUCAUCAACCGCAAUAACACCAGCAACAACAUCUGCAUCCAUUUCUUUAACUUCUUCUGCAACUCAUCAGGCAUCAAGAAAAGGAUACCAAAGUACGGGGUCUUGGAUAUUCCUACUAUUGAUAUUCCAAGUUUUACAUAGAAGAUUAGUCUAGAAAAGUUAAUUAGAUGCAUUUGGGUCUGCUGGAUUUGUAUGGUUCUUCACCGUACUCCCGACCAAAGUGCAUAUAUACAAAUUCAUCUGAUGACAUCGUUAAACUGGUGCGGCUGUAGCAGGGAGGGGCUCCUAUAUACAAAACUGAACCAAAAUGAAGAGGUAGUUGGCCAACUACUUGCGCAAGAAAAUAUACAAGAUGCUUAUCUUUUCCAUCAUUCAAAGAGUAUUGAUUAGCUCAUAUUAGUGAAGAUAUAUAUGUACGUCCACAAACAACAAUAUAUAGAUGAGCUUAUCGUCGACGUCCAUAUAUAUGUGAGAUAUGAGAAAGCGAGAAACCACGUAUAGCAAAGGGAAAGCAUUUUUGUUAUUUUACUUUGUAGCAUUAAAUCAUCAUGUAAUUAUCCCAUUUCAUUAUUAUUUUAUGUUGUUAUCAUCACGAGAUUAAUAUAUAUUUUAUGCUGAUUUAAUUCUUC